CGUUCACCGCCCAACCCCGAAGCGAGUCCAACAUGCACGCCACGAGCCUCCUCGUCCUGAGCACGGCGCUGGCCGCGGUGUGCGCACAGCAGUCGGCCCAGCCGGCACAGCCCAGCACGUCGCCCAUCCCCAUCAUCAAGUACGAGAACGAGGGCGUCAACCCGGACGGCUCCUACAAGUGGAGCUACGAGACGGGCAACGAGAUCGUGGCGGAGGAGGAGGGCUUCCUGAAGAACGCCGGCAACCCGGAGACGGAGGCGCAGUCCGCCAAGGGGCGCUACGCGUACACGGCGCCGGACGGCACGCGCAUCGAGCUCACGUACACCGCGGACGAGAACGGCUUCCAGCCCCAGGGCGCGCACCUGCCCACGCCGCCGCCCAUCCCGCCGGCCAUCCAGCGCGCCCUGGAGUGGAUCGCGGCGCACCCCGGGCCCGACUCCAACCCCGCCAGCAGCCCCGCCGAGAAGGACGGCAGUCGGCGGCGGUAG